GAACGACUGACGGAAAUGGCCGAAAUGUUGCGAUUGCUAUGAGUGCAAAGGUCAUGUCAAAGUAAAUAAAUAAACGAGAGGUCGGCGAAUGAAUGAAGUCGUGGGACCUGCAGAAAACUAGUCUUUAAUGGUUUAAUGGUGUAUGGAUUUUCCUCUCAUUAUCGGAAUGGCAAUAUUAGCAACUGUAGUUGGUGGAUACAUAGUUACCUCCCUUCUACUUUUCAAGUUUCCUAACAUCAUCCACAAGAAAAAGAAGCUGAAAUUUAGACCAGUACAUAUCAGUCAUAGAGGAGGUGCUGGAGAAAAUUGUGAAAAUACCAUGAUGGCAUUUAAACAUGCAUUGAGUCACGGUACACAGAUGUUAGAGAUAGACUGUCAUUUAACGAAGGACGGAGAGGUAGUGGUGUCACAUGACCAUCAUUUACUUAAUAAAUGUGGGGCUGAUAUCAAUAUUUCUGAUAUUGAUCUUAAAGACUUGCCCGAAUACAAGCCAGUAUUAUCUGUUGAUUUCAGACCAGGUUUUACGGUAGAGUGCGGCAAAGAUAGAAAGAUCCCGACCCUUCGUCAGUUAUUCACUGCUUUUCCUCAAACACCUGUUAACAUUGAUGUGAAACUGUACAAUGAACAGCUUUUCCAUAAGGUGCAUGAUUUGAUAAAAGAAUUCCACAGAGAAGAUAUUACUAUAUGGGGAGGACGGCUUAGUGAAACCACCAAGGCUCUCAAUAAAUUGGAUCCUGGUAUACCAGUGUUUUUCUCCUUCAGACGAUGUUUUACAUUAUUGUUACUGUUUUACUCUGGAUUACUUCCCUUUGUACCACUGUAUGAGUCAACCUUGGAAAUAAUAAUGCCUAGUAUUAUUUUAAAUAGAAAGAACAAGACAACAGAACUGUCAUUAAAGUUUAGAAUACUUUUACGAAUGGCGGAUAUAUUAAUUAUGCGGCCAGCUUUAUUUAGUCACCUUAACAAACGAGGCAUACAGACGUAUCUGUGGGUGUUGAACGAAGAGGAAGAAUGGAGCCGUGCCUUUAAAAUAGGGGCCACAGGUGUGAUGACAGAUUUCCCGUCAAAAUUAGCAGAAUUUAUACGUGAUCAUCCGGAGCUGGGUGUAGACGUCAGAGGUAGUGUAGAGAAUGACGAGAGUCAAUGUCUUACGUCAAAACAGCCAGAGGUUGAUCAACAAAUAAAGAUAUAGCUUUAAUAAUUUUAGAUAUUUAUUUUUUAGUCAUUGUUAUUGUUAGUGUUUAUAUGUUUUGUAAUGUUUAUUUAUUAGAUAUAUUGUCUACCUUAUGUUAAGCUCAACAUUUUAUUUUUAUCAUUACUGAACAAUCAUUUUGUAGAAUUCCUUGAUACAGUCACCACCUGUCAGAAAAGGCCACUUGAUGGAACCGUUGACAUGUCAUAAAGACCAUUCUUCACAUGUUUGCCUGUACUUUGAGUUAUAGCUUGUCAGUCAACUUAUGUACAAUAUUGACAGUUUUUCUGUUAAGCAUCUUUGUUAUUUCGAUUAGAUUAACCCUUUCACUCCCAUAGGGAUGGCAUAUGCCGUCCCUAUAAUUUUUCGGCGUAUUUGCCAUAUGGACGGCUUUUGCCAUUUCUGUAAUAAUAAUAAUAAUAAUAGUUAUAAUAAUAAUAAUAAUCGUAAUAAAUAUAUAGAUAAUUAUACCGUCAACAAUAAUUAUUAUUAUACUAGCAGAUUUGGAAACAUAUAUAAUUAUUAUAAUACUAAUAACAAAUAAUAAUAGUAUUAAUUAAUAAUAUAGUAAUUUCUUAG